AAAGAUGUGAAUGGUCUGCAAGGCGUACCUAAUAGAAAACGAUCACAGACAUAACUAGAGGAAGACUGAAUGGUAGGAACAUGGUGAUUUUGCGAGAGGGGCUUUGUCCUGGAUUGACGUCUGAUAUAAUUGCUGCACUCAAAAGAAAUCAUGUGAAAACAGUGGUUGAUUUGGUGGCUUCAGAUUUAGAGGAUCUUGCUCGAAAAUGCUUCUUAUCAUACAAGACACUUGUGGCGAUUAGACGUGUGCUGCUUGCUCAGUACUCCGCAUUCCCCUCAAAUGGUGCAGACCUGUAUGAAGAGUUGAAGGUUUCUACAGCAAUCCUUCCCACGGGCAACAGCAAACUAGACCUCCUCUUGGAUUCAGGGUUAUACACUGGAGAAGUCACAGAGAUUGCAGGGACAGCAGGUUGUGGCAAAACACAGGUAUGUCAAAGCAUUGCUGUAAAUGUGGCUAGCAGCAUGAAGCAAGGAGUGUGUUAUAUAGAUACCACAGGAGGCGUGACUGGCUCUCGCCUACUGCAGUUAAUACAAUCCAAGACAGAACAGGAGGAUGAACAGAUUUCAUGUCUUCAGAGGAUUGAAGUGUUCCAUGUGUUUUGUGUGUAUAAAUUAUUAGAUGUACUUCAGGAUUUGAGGCACAGUUUAUCCCAACAGGUGGUAAGAUCAGGAGAAGCUAUGAGACUUCUAGUCAUUGAUUCAGUAUGUGCUGUUAUCUACCCACUGUUAGGUGGAAAACAGACAGAAGGAAUGGCUGCCAUGAAUAAUCUGGCACGGGAACUACAAACUCUUGCUCGUGAUUACAGCCUUUCUGUUCUUGUAACCAAUCACAUUACCAAAGACAGUACAGGUAGGAUUCGUCCAGCUCUGGGUCGUUCAUGGAGUUUUGUGCCCAGCACUCGUAUUCUGCUUUGCAGACAAGAAGGAAACACCCAAAGUGGAUAUUGUACAGCAUCACUUGUAAAAUCGCCUCGACAGCCUUCAAACUUGCAAGUGGAAGUAGAGAUUGGCCUCCAUGGGACACUAGAAGAAAGCAGUACAAGCACAGCUUUUGGAUCAUGA